AUGUUUGUGUUUACUCAGGACUAUUCUCUGCAGCUGCGGCACCAGCAUUCUCGAGGGGGGAAUAAUGAUAAUUCUAGAUCUUCUCAGACUAAGAGCGAUGACGUAGAGAGUUUAGGAAGAAUUAGAACUAUGAACAGAACCCGUACCGCACCUUGGAAUCUUUGCUUGCAGCGUACGAAGUCUAUUCCGAUCAAGCCUCAGAAGACAUCUGAUGGAAUUGUUCUUGUCGACUGGUAUGCGACAGAUGAUCUAGAUAAUCCACAGAACUGGUCUGGAUCUAAGAAAUGCCUCGUCGCCUUCUUGCUUUGCUUUUAUACAUGGACUGUCUACUGGGUGGGCCCGAUCUACAACACUGCCGAAGGGGGGAUUCAGGAACACUUUGGAGUCAGCCCUGUUGCUUCGUCUCUCGGCCUAUCCUUGUACGUCCUCGCAUAUGGGAUCGGAGAUCUUCUUUUUCCCCCUUUAUGCGAGAUACCUGUGAUUGGUCGGAAUCCUAUUUACUACCUGACUUUCAUCAUUUUCUGGAUUCUAUCAUUCCCUGAAGUGGUUGUCGAUAGCUUUGCGAAUGGAGGAGCAACAGUAGGAGACAUGCUUAGUGUAAUUUACAUUCCCUUCGGGUUUUCUGGGUGGGGUUUCUCUGCAUUUGCUGGCCCUGCCUUUGGGUCAUUGACCGGAGGCUUCGCUGCGCAGGCCAAAGGCUGGAGAUGGCCGAUGUGGGAAAUUACCUCCCCGUCCAAUAUUUUGUUGAGGAGAGCACGUCGGCUGCGCAUGCUUCAGUCUCAAAGUGAAAUUAAUCAGCACCAUAUGAAGGCUUUCGAUAUCCUCUUGACCACGUUGGUCAAACCAAUAGAAAUCAUGAUGAAAGACCCGUCAAUCUUUUUUGUCAAUGUCUACACAAGCUACUUCUAUGGCGUAUUCUACGUCUUCUUUGAGGUCUUUCCUUUAGUCUUCCCAACCGGUCUCGCCUUCCUAGCUUGUCUUGUCGGUGCGGUAAUUGCACUCGGCUCCUACCUCGCCUACCUACAUUUCUAUAUGGUACCUGACAAUAUUAAGAAUGGCCUUAGAGAGCAGGAACAUCGACUUUUUCCUACUAUCAUCGUGGCUAUCUUCGUAAUGGGACAAUUUGUGAUCUUUCAAGCUUUGUUCAUGUAUAUCCCACUCUCAUACCCGCAGUAUACAGCUUCUCUCUUCGCAGGGAACAGCAUAUGGAGAUCGGGUGUUGCUUGUGGCACUAUUUUGUUUGCAAGACCUCUCUUCGUUAAUCUGGGUACCCUUAGAGGGGUAACUGUGCUUGGGGACUUGACUGUGAUGGGUAUUCUUGGAACGAUUGCUAUGUCCGUGUUCGGUAAAAAGCUACGAGCUAGAUCGAAGUUUGCUCAGAACUAG